AUGACAAGUUUGGCACUAGCAUCUUUGACGGAAACCUACACAGAUUCGGAAGGCGAAGAAAAUGUAAGUAAGGAAAGUAUCAUCAUAGAUUCACCAGCUCACAUGAAACAGCCUGAAAUACUAAAACCAAAAGGACCUACAACACUAGUAUCCUAUCAUGCACAAGAUGAUACCAUCGCUUCUGAUGAUGAACACCAUGAAAUAGCCAUUUCAACUGAUACAUCCACAACUACAGAUCAAUCAAGUUCUACUAAUACUUCUAUAAACCCAAUAUUUAUGGAUGUAGAUUUGCCACCCGAACCAACAGGUACUUGUUCUAGCGACCUGACAGAAAAGAUAGUGGAAAUGACUAGGAGAAUGCAAGAAAAAGGUUACGAUAUGAAUCUUAUCAUUCAACAAAGAAAAAGUUUUAGAAAUCCCAGCAUUUAUGAGAAGCUUAUUGAUUACUGCAAUAUUAAUGAGUUCGGAACGAAUUAUGAGCCUCAGAUCUAUGAUCCAUUGAAGUGGGAUAAGACUUCUUACUAUGAUGAACUGGCGAAACUUCAGAAAGCAGAUAUGGAACAAAGGGAAAAGGAGAGAAGAGAGAGAACAAAAAUUGAAUUUUUAACUGGCACAGCUAAGAAGGUUACUAAUGGUACUGCAGCCACCGAAGAAGAUACAAAGAAAAGAAAAUCAAAAUGGGAUCAGGUUGUUUACCCUCAAGCUGGACCCCGCUUGCAGACCAAUGUUACUACUCUCACUUCCGCUGCUACAGGCACCAAAGGUAUUGUUAUCUCUGCGUUUGGUUCCUUACCAAAAAAAUCUAAGAGCUAG